AUGGCUUUGGAACGAACAGUUUUCCUGCAACGCCCGCUUGGUUCAGCCCCGUCAUUCCAAACACCAUCGUACCGUUUGAGCGAUGCCUCCUCCUUGAAAUUCGUCUCAUGUUGCUCGGUUGCAUCGUCAGCUACUGUGAUUAACGGGAAUGUGGGAUUGCCAAUUGUCGGUGAAACAAGUGAAUCUGCGGCAGUAUAUUGCGGAAAUUCCACAGGUGUGCCGCUCAUCUGCGUGCCUAAGCCCUUAGAGUUGUAUUUAGCUGUUGCAAUGGGCUUAUCUGUUCAUUCUUUGCUGUGCUUUUGCAGAUUUAAAUCAGAAAACCUGAAAAAGGGUAUCCAAGUACCGUUAUGCCAAUGCAGGAGGGAGGAUAACUUCUGUAUAAUGUUUAUGGGCCUUCAAUUUAAGUGGGUUUGUAUUAUAUGUGUUGCUAAAUAUAGCCUUGUGAUGUUGCAGCUUGCAAAUUUAGAAGUUUUGGUUUCAACGGCCAAAAAACAUCGUGAGGAAACAGGUAUCCAGAGAUUUAGACCUUGGAAUUGUUGGUUUGGACACUGUAAACGAAUAUGGGCAGUCCGAUGUUCAGAAGGUGAUGUUUAUGCUGGUGAUGAAGAUCUCAUUCUUGUUCAUGAAGCUCUUGACUAUGGGGACUAUCGUUUAUCACUUGCAAUCCCCAAGUAUGGCAUAUUUGAGAACAUAAACUCUUUGAAAGAGCUGGCUCAGAUGCCACAGUGGACAUCUGAGAAACCUCUAAGAGUUGCCACCGGAUUUACAUAUGUAAGAUUAUCUUGUCCUUUUUUUUUUCUUCUGUAUUUAUAUUUUAUUGCAUCGAAAAUUUGCAGUUGGAUGGGGAUAGCUGAUGCUAUUGUGGACCUUGUGAGUAGUGGAACAACAUUGAGAGAAAACAACUUGAAAGAGAUUGAAGGCGGAGUUAUCUUGGAAAGUCAGGCUGUUCUUGUUGCUGGUCAGUUCAUGGUGCAGACCACUAAUUAUUUGGAUAAUUACAAAAGGUACCCCCCAAAGUUUAACAUAACCAGAAAAAGCUCCAAUUAUCUUUACAAAAUCACAAAUACCAAUUUAAAGCGAUACAAACAUCCACUUGAGGUAUUGUAUUUACCCUGCGAAUGCCCUGUCUUGAAGGCUGUGAAGAUAAACAAAUGCAUGGUGGUAUCUGUAAUUUUAAAAGCUUAUAUAGUAACAGCUAACAUGAGGGGAAGUAGUGCAGAUGAAGUGGCUGAACGUGUGCUUAGCCAACCGUCUCUAUCUGGUUUUCAGGUCUUCAACUUGUCUUCCUUUGUGCAUAUUUCUAAUCUCUGGAUUGUGUAAAAUCGUGAUUUAACAAUUUUCGAACACGAGUCAAGGAACUAAAGAUAGUAUUGGAUUAAGAGGAGAGUAUGAAUACAUGUGUACAUACAGGAGUGGCAGAGUCCUAAAGAGUAUCAUUGUAGAACUUAGAAACUAUUAUUUUUCCUUUAUAUUGAAUAACUAUAGAUUGGUGUGGUGGUGGUGCAUUUUUGUGAACCCUGAACGAUAUGACCUUUCACAUAUAUCUCACCUAUGCCCAGGUCUCGUUUGUUUCGUGUGAUAGGAUUAGACUAAAUUAAUACGGGAUUGGUAGAUUGUAUUGUGCAUACUAAAUUGUAUUUAUAUCUGUUAUAUGUGAUUGAUAGUUUGGAUAGG